CCAAACCCAGUUCGGUUCUGUCCUCUUUUCUCUUCUCCCUUUUUCUCUCUGUCUCUCUCUCUCGCUCUCGCUCUUCUUCUCAUCAAGCACAGAGUUACAGACUCACCGAUCUUCCGAUUCUCUUUCGUCUUGGUUUAUGAGCUCGAAGGAGAGACCCACUCUUGGUGGCACGCGGAUUAAGACCCGCAAACGAAAUAUUGCUGCGCCGCUGGACCCUGCAGCAUUCUCGGAUGCAGUGGUCCAGAUUUAUUUGGAUAAUGCUGGUGAUCUGGAACUUAUUGCUAAGAGUAUUGAAUCUUCAGACCUUAACUUUUCAAGAUACGGUGACACCUUUUUUGAGGUUGCUUUCACUGGGGGUCGUACACAACCUGGAACUACCAAGCCUGAUGAGGGGGACCGCCACCCAUACUCUAUAAUAGAGUGUGAGCCUAAGCGUGAAGUCAUUUUACCAUCUGUAAUCUACAUACAAAAGAUUUUGCGGCGAAGGCCAUUUCUCAUCAAGAACCUUGAAAAUGUUAUGCGGAAAUUCCUUCAGUCCUUGGAACUUUUCGAGGAAAAUGAGAGGAAAAAGUUGGCAAUCUUCACAGCACUUGCUUUCUCUCAGAAGCUGUCUGGUCUCCCACCAGAAACUGUGUUCCAACCACUUCUUAAAGAUAACCUUGUGGCCAAAGGGCUAGUUCUGUCAUUUAUGACUGACUUCUUUAAGGAGUAUCUGAUUGACAACAGCCUUGAUGAUCUUAUUUCAAUUCUAAAACGGGGAAAAGUAGAGGAGGAUCUUUUGGACAUUUUCCCCCCUACAAAAAGAUCCAUUGAAGCUUUCUCUGAGCAUUUCACCAAGGAAGGAUUGGUGGCCUUGGUGGAGUAUAAUGAAAAGAAAAUUUUUGAGGUGAAACUUAAGGAAAUGAAGUCUUCUUUAACAGCACAGAUAACAGAGGAGGCUGAUACAUCUGAAGUCAUUGAGACUGUGAAGCUGCGAGUUAGAGAUGCUAAAUUGCCGGAAAUUGAGGUGGUGCGGAUCUUGUGGGAUGUUUUAAUGGAUGCUGUUCAGUGGUCUGGAAAAAAUCAGCAACAGAAUGCAAAUGCAGCCCUUCGUCAGGUAAAAACUUGGGCAGAAUUGUUGAAUACAUUCUGCACCAGCGGGAAACUUGAGCUGGAGCUGAUGUACAAAGUACAGAUGCAAUGCUAUGAGGAUGCUAAACUGAUGAAGCUGUUCCCUGAGAUUAUUAGAUCUCUUUAUGACCAGGAUGUGCUGGCUGAAGAUACCAUUCUUCAUUGGUUCCGAAAAGGAACAAACUCCAAGGGCAGGCAAACCUUUGUGAAGGCGCUGGAACCCUUUGUUAAUUGGCUGGAGGAGGCUGAAGAGGAGGAGUAAGUGUGGUGGAGGUUCAGGGCUGAAGAAAUUACCUUGUCUUUCAGCUCUUGUACCAUUUAGCUAAGAUAUUUGGCUCGAAUUCUCUUAAAUUCGGUUCUGCCUAGUAGUACUGAUUAUCUUUUAAUUUGUAUUUGUGUUGUGUUUGACUCCUCCUCCUCCUCCAUCGUGCUCUCGGGACAUAUUCAUGGAGCCUGUGUGUUUUCCGCACGCCACUUUGAUAUGUUAUACGGGUGCAUUACUGUAUUUUGAGUGAUUAUUUCAAUAAUGGGUGGUACUCUUAUCCCUGUUGAAACUUUGAGUUCAGUGCUUGACUAAUUCUAUUGGUGGUACUCUUAUCCUUGUUUUACACUUUUUAUAUCUAUUUUGUUUUUAUUUUCUUUA